CGGAGAGCGAGAGAGAGAGAGGGAGAGAGGGAGAGAGAGAGAGAGUGAGUUGCAGAAACAAACACACUCGGCAGGCAGGCUGAGCGGUGUGUGUGCAGAGAGCUCUUCGUUGUAGGACUACAAACAACAAAUUGUCGGUGCAAUUUACUCAUUCACACACAUUUAUAUUUAGCAACCAAACGAGAAGGACGUUUGGCUUCAGGUGCGUUCACGCUGCGCGGACCUGUUGAUUCUUCUUUUUUUUUGCUUUGGGGCUACAAACCCCUCAAACUUUUGUAGAAACUCGCGCAAAACUUUUUUUUUUUUUUUUUUGGGGGGGGGGGGGGAGGCAAUGCAAGUGGAGGAAAUGUGAGGAAAAGCAGGGUGAUGUGACCCUGUGUAAACUCUUAAUGACCACCUCUCUCUUCACCCGAACACGCGUGAAACAGCAGCAGCGCGUCCACGUCCAGGCUCCAGCCAGCAUGACUCUGUCCGGCGCGUCGUCGGAUACUUGUCAGCUCGUUUCACGCGACCGCAUGGAGCCGGAGCUGUGGAUAUAACUGAACUUCACUCAUGCUUUCACGGUAAUAGUGGCUGCAACACGUUGGGGGAAAAAAAAAAACACAAACAAAAGCCAGCACGCACACUUUUGGAGAGAGGGAGCUACGAUGCGGGGCACUUUGGGCGCUUUCAUUCACUCCUGCGUGCUCCUCCUGGUCCGAGCAGACCAGUGGAGGUUAAAGGACACCGCCAACUGCGAGCUGAACAUGAAACAAACAGACCUGAACUCCUUCCUGUGGACUAUCAAACGGGACCCUCCCUCAUAUUUCUACGGUACAAUCCAUGUUCCCUACACGCGUGUUUGGGACUUCAUCCCUGAAAACUCCAAGCAGGCCUUCCAGGAGAGCAACAUCGUCUACUUUGAACUGGACCUGACGGACCCUUACACCAUCUCGGCCCUGACCAGCUGCCAGCUGCUUCCUCAGGGCGAGAACCUGCAGGACGUCCUGCCCAGGGAUAUCUAUCGGAGACUAAAGAGACACCUGGAGUACGUCAAGCUCAUGAUGCCCUCGUGGAUGACCCCAGAUCAGAGAGGGAAAGGACUCUACGCGGACUACCUCUUCAACGCCAUCGCUGGAAACUGGGAAAGGAAGCGGCCCGUGUGGGUGAUGCUGAUGGUGAACUCGCUAACGGAGGCUGAUAUAAAGACGCGAGGGGUGCCGGUGCUGGACUUGUACCUGGCCCAGGAGGCGGAAAGGAUGAGGAAGAGGACGGGGGCUGUGGAGAAAGUGGAGGAACAGUGUCAUCCGCUCAACGGGCUCAACUUCUCACAAGUGAUCUUUGCCCUGAACCAGACGUUACUACAGCAGGAGUCUCUGCGGGCAGGAAGCCUGCAAGUUCCAUACACCACUGAGGACCUCAUCCGGCACUACAACUGUGGAGAUCUGAACUCCAUCAUCUUUAAUCAUGACACCUCCCAGGUCCCCAACUUCAACAAUGUGACACUGCCGCCCAGUGAGCAGGUGACUGCCCAGGAAAUAGACAGCUACUUCCGACAGGAACUCAUCUACAAGAGGAAUGAGAGGAUGGGCAAGAGGGUGAAGGCACUGCUGGAGGAUCACCCUGACAAGAGCUUCUUCUUCGCCUUUGGAGCAGGUCACUUUCUUGGCAACAAUACAGUCAUUGAUGUGCUCCGUCGCGAGGGGUACGAGGUGGAGCACACCCCUGCUGGGGUACCAAUAAACAGGCGAUCAAGGCCAUCAGACUCUGAAGACCACCAUGCUGAGUCUCCUCUCCUGGAGCCGUUCCUCCACGAGCUCCCCCACAAAGAGGAAGACGAGGGGCGUCCCCUGGAGGACGAUCUGUUACCGCACAUGCUCCUGCCUGCUGACAGCCUGGAGCUGCUGGAGAAAGCGGAGAGGAAGAUGCUGAAGAAAAAGAGGAGGAACAAGCAGAAGAAACAGCGGCACCGGCAUUUUAACGACCUCUGGGUUCGAAUAGAGGAGAGCACGUUGGUCCAGUCUCCACCUCCUCCGCUGGUCCGCAUCAUCAAUGGCUACAUCACAGUGCGACCCCCUGACAGAAUCCAAAACCACCACAACCACCACCACACAUCUUCAGCAUCCACCACCUCUUCACCCUCAGCAACACUCGCCCUCCUCGGCGCCGUGUUCACAAUGCAGACGUGGACUGUUUUCCUCUAGUAGAGCAUAACGACGGGACACUUCUCGUCCAGUACAAACUGUCAUAUGCGGUGGCUUCAGCUCAUGUUCUCUGAGUCCUGAUCCUGCAUCACAAUACCUAGAAGAGGCUUCAAAUAAGUGGCCCGCUCUGCAGAAUGGAAAAGCAUGGAGAAAUGCUGUGAAACCAGCUCUAGCUGUAACGUAACAGGACACUCAGUGGGUGUUAGGUUAUAUAAAGUUUGUGUUGCUGAAACGGAAUGGAAAAUCAUGUCAAUAGAGCACAUCUUUUACAAAUGGAGGACUUGAUGAGCAUGUUAAAGCCCUCAUAUGGUUUCAGUUUUUUUGCGCAAAAAAAACUGCAGGCAAGUGUGCACAGAUAGCAGGCAGGAGGAGUGACAGCUCACAAACAGAAGUAUUAAGAGACAUCUCACUUAACAUUACUCAGCCUGACAGUUCCCUAAUGGACUAGAGUAUUACAAUAGACUCUCAUCGUUCAAUGUGAAGUAACCCUGAGAAUUAAAGAACUUACAUUGUGAAAACGAUUGCUAAAUAUCAAAUACCUUCAAUAAUUACAGCUGGAACCAUUUGUCUUUUAUAUAAGUGUGUGUGUGUGUGUGUGUGUGUGUGUGUGUGUGUGUGUGUGUGUGACAGAUUGUGUGUUUGUGUGUGUGUGAGAGAAACAAAUUCUAUCAGCUCUUAAACGCCCCGGGGCUUUGCAAACAGAGGACUUCAGAUGAUUCUUCCUUUUGCAGAAGAGUAUUGCAGAAAGACCUACAGUGGGGUAAAUUGUACAUAAUGUUUCUAAAUAUUAUAGAUGUAUUUUAGAAUUAUAAAAAAAAAAAGGAAAUUAUCACAAGUGUUGUCGUUGUUUAUAUAAAUAUAUAAAAUAGAUAUGCAGUAUAUUUUGAAAAGAAAAUCAGGAACUAACCACCAUAGCUCAUGCGUCAUGUCUCUCACUGAAAUGAAAGGUGACGUGCUGUUGUAUUGAACUUCAUGUAUCAGUGUUACCACUUUGCUUUGCUGUAUGUCACCUGAGAAACCAUGUUGUGGUUUUUUUUUUUUUUUACCUAGAGAUUUUUGUUUUGUUUAAUUUAUUAAACUACAAUAGUUUUGCUGUAGGCCAUAUCAAACAUUCCCCAUGUUUUUUUUUAUUUUUCCUUUCAGUUCACAUUAUGAUGUCCAAAUGUGUUUUUCUCAAAUGUUUUCAAGUUUGAUUUCCGAGCAUAUGAUUGUUAAAAUAAUAAUACAAAACAAUAAUACAGUAAAUACAAAAGGCUGUCUUCACAGAUAGACAACAUACUGCAUAGGGCGUUAGGUCUUUUACAUUUCCCCGGUAUAAAAUGACUGUUAUAGUAUUUCAAUGAAACAAUAAAAUAUUUAUCUAGAUAUGAAUCAUAUUGUAAUGAGCUUGUUUGGCUGUAAAGUAAAUUCAUUUGAAUCUUCUCUUCAGACUUAAUUUCUGUUUGAAAAAUGUCCAUUGGCAUCUGUUGUUGUUCACCAUGAUACAUUCUUAAUGAUAUGGGGGUUGUCUAAGUGUAUUAAAAUACUAAACACAGAAAAACAAAUGAGCUACUAUUAUUUAAGAAUGAAACGAGACUUGCCACUGUAACUUUGCUAAAUGUUGCUUAGUGCCCAUGGUGGAUUAAUGUUGGGUCUUUGUAGAUUGUAAAUCAAUGGGUUAGGUAUUUUACCUGCUAUUCAGCAAAAUGGGGCGAUGAGGGUCAGUUGGUAGAGUCGGUCAAUACUCAACCGAAAGGUCCGGUCUGAUCCCGGGAUCCUGGAUCCACGCGUCUGACGUUUCCUUAGACAAGAACCCCAAGUUUAUCAGCGUCAUAUGAAUGUGUAUGAAUGGGAUUAGUUACUUCUCAUGGUCACUUUACAUAUCAGCCUCUGCUAUCAGUGUGUGAAUGAGUAGGUGUGACCUGCGGUGUAAAAAGCGCUUUGAGUAGUCAGAAGACUAGAAAAGCUCAUGUCCAUUUUUAUGAUAUAACAAUGAGUAAGGUCUUUUACCUGCCUUUUGUAAAGUGUCUUGAGACAUUAUUUGUUAUGAAUUGGUACUAUACACAUAAAGAUGCAUUGAUUGAUUGAAUAAACAACAAACAAGUGUACCUGA